AUGCCUUACAUCAUUGAUAGAACUAGAUUUCAACAAAAAACACCUUUGUUUUUACAAAGCAAAAUCCUCAUCUUUUUGAUGAUUAUGACAAGUACCAUGUUGGAUUUAUUCAACGUCACCUCCAUAUUGGUUUCAGUUAGAUAUCUUCAUGAACAUUACAAUGUCUCACCAGCGCCUAUUGCCUCAUGGUCACUAUCUGCUUAUGCUGUUACAUUUGCAGGGUUUAUUGGAUUUGCUGGUAGAAUUGGAGAUAUCAUUGGCCAUGAUACUCAAUUUAUUAUUGGUUCAAUUGUUUUCGCGAUAAUUUCAUUAAUAUGUGCAGUUGUCAAUAAUAUUUAUGUCUUUAUAGUGUUUAGAGCUUUCCAAGGUAUGGCUGCUGCUACUUUAAUUCCAAGCUCUUAUGCAUUGAUGGCUCAUAUGUUUGAAGGGAAACAAUUGAAUAUGGCAAUCACUGUAUUGUCAGGUAUGCUUUCUAGUGCAAAUGCUGGAGGGUUAAUAGUUGGUGGUGCUUUCCUUGAAUCUAGUGUGAAAUAUAAGGGUAUCACCUAUGUUUCAUUUGCAAUUUCAUUACUUUUAGGUAUAAUUGCGUUUUUCAAUUUCCCAAUAGUAUCUAGAAAUAAAGAUAAAUUGAGAGACUUAGAUUACAUUGGAUCUUCAAUAUUGAUUAGUGGAUUGUUAUUGAUUAUUGUUGGAUUCACAGAAGCUGGUGAACAUUGGAAUAGCCCAAAGACUUAUGUUAUAUUACCAAUUGGUUUUGUGUUGGUUGGUGUGUUUAUCAUUUAUGAAAACUAUGUUUCACCUAAAAUGUUUCCUAAUACUCAUCUUUUGAUUCCAAAACCAGUUUGGACAAUUCCAAAUUUCAUUCCUUUAGUUUUCAAUUCAAUUUUAAAUUUCAGUGGUUAUUUUGGAAUGAUUUUUAUUUCAACUUCAUAUUUCUUAUAUAUUGAUGAUGUCUCUCCUUUAAUUACAGGUGUUAGAUAUUUACCAUUUAUUGUGACUUUAUUAUUUACGUUGACUUUAAUGUCACAAAUUUAUGGUGUGUUUUCUCCAAAAUGGGUCUCCACAUUAGGUUUCUUAAUUGGUGUUGGUGGAUUGAUUCUUUUUUCAAGAGUUGAUUAUAAAGUUUCAUAUUAUUAUUGGAAGUUUUCAUUCACUGGUCAAGUUUUGUUAGGUUUUGGAAGUGUUUUAUAUUUCAUUCAUUAUUUAAACAUGAUAAUCACUGCUACACCUUUGAAAUUUCAAGGUAUAGUUACGGGUAUUGCUCAAACGUUUGCUCAAUUUGGUAUUGCAUUAUCAUUUGCUGUGAUUACAUCCAUUGUUGGUGAUACGAGUGAUAAAGAAAAAUUGCAUAAAAGAUAUAUCAAUGCAACCUAUUUUUGCUUAGCUUGUUAUGGAUUGGGGACAUUAGUUUUGUUAUUUUUCGUCCACGAUGUUGCUCCUACAUAUCCAGCAAAAGAUGAUACAACUGAUGAUACUGAUCAAAAUACAGGGGAAAAAGUCUAG